AUGGCGAGGCGGUGCUCGCACUGCAGCAACAACGGGCACAACUCGAGAACAUGCCCCGCUCGCGCGGGGGUGAGCGGGGGGAGUGUGGGAGGCGGCGGGGUUAUGCUGUUCGGGGUCAGGAUCAGCGAAGGUGGGUUCAUGAAGAAGAGCGCCAGCAUGGGGAACAUUUCGCACUGCUCCUCUUCCUCUGCCUCACCGCAGGCUUUCACCAACCCAGGGUCCCCGACCAAUGAUCCGCUUCGGGACAGCGGCCCGGGUUCGUCUGGUUACGCGUCUGACGAUCCCAACCAGGCUUCUUGCUCGUCCAGCCGUAGUGAGCGCAAGAAAGGUUGGACAUUUUUUUGGCCUGCCUCAUGGUUAUCUUUCUACCUACGAAUUCUUGCGAGGAAUUGUUCAUUCUUGUGCUAAUUACCCUUUGUAAGCUGUGUACCAGCUUACAUCCCAAGGGUGGGUUUCUUUCUUCUGUUUCUCUUAUUUCACCUCACCCGUAAUUUAAUAAUGAGAAUUUUUUAAUUGAACUUCGUUGGGAAUUUUCCUUGUUUGAUUUCGCCCGCAGUUCCUGUUAUUUUCUUCAUUCGCUUUCUUGUAACCACGAAGAUUACUAUGCAAGUCAUGAUUUUCUUCUAAAUAUUUAUCUUGUUCUGGCUGAAAAUUAUUUGAAGUUCUUUUUCGAUGUUAAGAAGAAGAGAUCUCUUCUUAUAAGAUCCCGUCGAAAUGCUCAUACUUCGAUCUAUAAUAUAUAUCCACAUGGCAAUUUAUAAUGCGUGGGAUGCUAACUCUUUGCUGCAUCAAGCUGUGAACCAUCCAAUAAGGUGGGCAGCAUACGAGGUGAUGGGCCGCACCUCUCAAUUCCCCGAUCCCUGUUUCUAUUGAAAUCGCCUUUUAAUGCUUUAAACAGUAGACUGUGGUGUCUAUAGUCCUGUAAAGCUCCCCUCAGUUUAUUUUGCUUGAGUCACCUAACCUUUAAUGGGCUUUCUAGGCUUUUCUUUUCCUUUAUUUUUCCUUUUCUUUUAUUCCUUUUUCCAUCUUGCCCUUCUGAUGCGUCUACCUCUUUGAUCGAUUACGUUUUGAAAUUCAUCUUAUUUUCGUUUUUUUCCUUGGUAACGAAUUUCACGCCUACUCAAGAAUCUUUUUUUUAUGAGGGUUUCUUGCCUAUGAUCAAGGGUCAGAGAUCAGCACCCAUAUAUUUGGCCAUGUAUCCCAUGCAAUUAUUCCUCCAAACUGCAGAAUAAGAGGGUGAUGAGUUUUGCUUGAUUUCUAAUGACGCUGUUCAUUUCUCUCCGUACGAUAAUACUGAAUUGUUCUAAAUGUGAAUAUCCUAUGCAGUCCCUAUUAUAAAAUGAAAUUAGCUUAUUAUUGAGCAAUGGAUAUUAUUAUAGAUAUUUGCAUAUUAUGUUUGAUUCUGAUGGCUGCCUUCUGUUCGGAAUUCUUUCUCUGGUAGAUUAUCUUCUUGUUAGUGAUGAUUCGUCAGUUAGUUUGAAGAACUCUUAUGAAUGUUUGAUAUCAAUCUGUUCAUCCUCCAUUUUUCCUCUGUUUAAUGGUAUCAUUCCACAUGCCAGUGCGAAAUAGGCCGCAUACCUAGAGAUGGUUGUUUUUCUGUCUCGUCCUGUGAAACCCUACCGUCAGUGUGAUUAAAAUCUGCAGGUUGUGAGCUCAUUGUCAUUUCGAAUGCCCAGAUUAAUGCGUUUUAUGCGGAUGACUUGGGCCGGCAGAAGAACAAACAGGGGUGUAUUAAUUGAUGCACUAACGUUCACGUAAUAUGGGACGACUUAUCUCGUCAAUCUGGUUUGGCUUCAUCUCGUGAUGUAAUUUUUCAGAACCAAGACGAUUUAGAAGCUUUCUAGUCUCUACUCACUGUCAGUCCCCAACAUAAACUAACGGAUCCUAGAGAGCAAAACACCCUCAGUUUCUUCGAUAGCAACUGAUGAAAUAUUUUCUUCAACUUUGGGUGGCUCUUUCGUGCCUGUUGCUAUUAUAUCCAUUCUCCAUAAUUGAUGAAAGGGUGGUUUCUAAUUUUCUUUUCUAAAUGCUGGAUUUAUUCUCAAAGCAAAUGCCUUGGACGGAUUUUAGUCGUGCAGGGGAAAGGAAAAUUUCGGGCACUGAUUUCUUUUCAUUCCCGUUGAUAUAUAAUCUGUUCACAUUGACAAAUUAAGAAUGCUUAAUUUCAGGCGUCCCCUGGACUGAAGAGGAGCACAGAAUGUUCCUGAUGGGUCUGCGGAGACUAGGAAAAGGUGAUUGGCGUGGCAUAGCCCGUAACUUCGUUGUGUCAAGAACACCAACCCAGGUUGCCAGCCAUGCCCAAAAAUAUUUUAUCAGACAGUCAAAUUCGACGAGAAGAAAAAGACGCUCUAGCUUGUUUGACAUGGUUCCUGACCUGGUUCGUCUUCCAUCCAUCCUAAACGUAAACAGCCUGAUUCUAUUUUCCAUAGAAAGAAUAUGGAUGGGGACAUGCAGCGUCUACGCUCGAUUUCACUAUUUCUAAGUAGCUUGAAGUCGUAUAAUCAUGCUUGCCAAUGAUGAUUCAGGAUAUAGAGGUAUCGCAACUCAUAAUACUGAUCAGACUUUCUGUACAGAAAGUAUGUUUCAAAUACAGAAAUGAAACUAAUGCCGUGCUGUAGCGUGGUGGUUUUUUCUGUCCAUGAAUACUGCAGGGAGCAUAGAGGGCCCAAGACCCUCACCCUUGCACUGUCGGACUAGGUUUGGAAAUGUUUUCCACUUUUUCAGACGAUCAUUAUGCUGUUUUAUGUUCAGAUCUAGGUGGUGAUGCAAGAUUGGGUACCCAAUCUAUUAGUACUUUUUUAAAGAUUCGAGCUUUUUCAUUCAAUCUAUCGAUUUUUUUUCUGGCAUCUCAAUGUUUCCUUUGAUGGAUACUCUGGGGAACAAACAAUGAUAAUUUAAAAGUUGCAGAUGGCGAUGUCUCUUGAAGAUUUAUCUCAGCUAUAUUCACUUCACAGUCUGAUAUAAUAUUUAUAUAUUCACUCCACAAGUUUUGAGAAAAAAUAAUUUGCAUUUUUGUCUAAUGAUCUGUGUCCUUCUCUGAAUUAACAUUUUUUUUUUGUUCCAGCACAUAGAUCAGGCUCCUCUCCCUGAAGAGCAUGCCCAGUGCUUCACGACUGGCAAGCCUGAGAACCCAAACGCAGCGCCAAUGCAACAUUUAUCUCCGGAACAGGACACUGCGCAACCAGAGCUUGCUUCAUGCAACCCUCCGGAGGAAGUGCGAGGGGAUGUCCAGCGCAGUAAUCUUCCACCGAUGAUUCCAGGAUUCUUCCCUGCUUAUGUACCGAUCCCUCUCUCCCUCUGGCCUUCAAGUGCUGUUGCUGCUGAGAAGGAACAAGUGAUGUGGGAAGCACAUGAAAUUCUGAAGCCUACCCCUUUUCUGCCUAAAGAUCCAGCCAAUGUUGAUCAGCUCGUAAGAAUGUCCGACUUGAGCCUCGGAGAUGCUUCUGCAGGCCGCACUGAACCAUCUGCGCUCUCUCUCGAGCUGCUUGGAUCCUCGCCAAGGCAAUCAGCUUUCCAUGUGAAUGCCGCUGUGAAAGCACCUGCGCUGAGUCAAAACAAUGACAACGUGGUGCAUGCUCUGUAA